CUCCUGGUGACGGACGAUCCGGUGGAAACGGGGGAAGCGAUUACCAGUGUGCGGGAGGGAGGCGAGGUAGUCGGGAUACAGGGUGGUAAAAGUGCGGAAGAGUGCCGCGCGAAAAUGAUCGUGGUUUUCGCAUGCGGGGAUAGUCCCCGUAAUCAUGCAAUAAACCUCGAUCAUAUUGUGGCCUCGCCACGCGGCACUAAGGAGAAGGGUAUGGAGGUAGAAAUUGGGGAGGGCGCAUCGGGUCGAGGGAUGGGGUUGAAUGGUAACAACGAGGCGAGUGRCGUCGAAGAAUCGGAAGGUGUCGAUGGGGAAGGGGUUACGGGGGAAGGUGAUACGGGUGGUGAUUUGACGGAGGGUGAGGUAGUCAAGGGGACGGCGGGAUAACGACCGGGGAGGAAACCCGAUGCCUCGUAUCAGUACGGGCUCGAACUGAUGGACUGUCGGAGGCGGAGGGGGAGGGGGAUCGGCUU